UCUGUUUAAUUUUAAAAGACAAGCAAGACCUAUCUGAGUUGAAAAGAUAUUUGCUUGGUAAAUUUUUCCACUAGAAUUUAAUUAAUAUGUUUUAAUUAUUUCAACUUUUUGCCCUCAUUUAUAUCAGGUUAUUAGAGAGAGGAAUAUAACAGGCGGGUGACUAAAAAUUUGAGAUCCUCACUUGUAUCAUUGAUACUGAUCUGUUGCUUAUUCAUAUAUUAGAUCAAAAUUGUUUUUGAAUUAUUAUGCACUUAUUUCUUUGUGGUUUUUGAAACCUAGAGCUUUGAUUAAUAAAAUAGAAUGGUGAUGAUUAUUUGUUAUCUCUUCGGGCUGAAAUCCUCUGGUAAAAUCUUAAGUUUUCGUCAUAUUGCUGUCUUCCCCUUUUAAUAUUUCUAUAUUUUCAAUCCAGCAUAAUCAUGGUUCAUCUAAUGCCAUAUUUUCUUGUGUGUAAUAUAUUCUGCCCAUCACCACUUAGAUUGCUACUAAAGCAUUACAGUUCAUCAGUGAAUAAUACAAACUGUUGUUAAGAUGUUGAUGCUAUAUAUACAUUAAUUACUCCCUAUGUUGAAAAUCUGUAUAUGUAAUAAGUUAGCACGUUUAAUAAUUUUCUAUUAAUUGUUAUUUUAGAAUAAAAAAGUUAGGAAUUAUACAUUGUUAUAGAAACACAUAAUUUAAAACGUGUGCAUUCUGAAGUAUAUUUUUAAGAAUAUAAAGUAUUAUUUUGUAGAAUUGAAAUGUAAUUUCUACAUUCCACCAUUCUGUUGGCAAAUACUCAUAAGAAUGCCCCCCUUUUGGCUAUAAAUUGUAGCUCAUAUCUUGUAUUUUUCUCUUUCAGCAUAAUGAAAUAAUAUGGCUACCGGAGGAAAAUGUGACAAUAUUGGAGACAGGUGUUUUGUGAGUUUCGUCUGUCAGAGAUGCUGUCAACCGCUAAAACUCGACUCUUCUUUCAAUGCCUUAGACGAACAAGUUCUGUCCGAAUUCUCGUCAACGCCUUUGUUAAGUCGAUCCGACAACGGAAGUGCCAUUCAAAUAAUUGCUAACGACAAGGAAGGGGAGGGAGAUGAAUUGGAUUAUACGAGAAAGGUGAUAUUGCCACUUAAACUAACAGACAGCGGCAACGGGUUUAUGCUGGUGAGUGAAAUGCCCAACAGCAACAGAGAAAGUCUCAGUCAUCAUUUGGCAGUGACGGCGAGGCUUUUCGAUAUCCUUUCCGAUCAAUCCGAUAUCGAUCACCCGCUGUGCGAAGAGUGUUCCGAUACGUUGCUCGAUCAGAUGGAUCAUCAGUUGAGAAUAGCGGAAGACGAAUGCAAAGAUUAUCGAGAAUUUCUAGAGCAGCUGACGAACGACGAUAGUGAAGUGGAUUCGCAGAAUCUAGAGCACGAAUUGGAGAGGCUGAAAGAAGAAGAGAGGAAGCUGCAAGAAGAAUUGGCCGAAAUCGAAGAAGAGCAGAACAAACUGGAAGAACAGAAGAAAUUAGGGAAAGAUAAUCUGGAUCAGCUAGAAAUGGAUGAUGAGAGAUACUGGCUCGAGUACAGUGACCUGAAAUCAAAAAUGCUGACUUUCGAGGACGAUCAGAGGAGUGUAGAUAACCAGCUACGUUAUGCCAACUCUCAGCUAGAGAAGCUCAAGAAGACGAACGUGUUCAAUGCCACCUUUCACAUAUGGCACAGUGGACAUUUUGGCACCAUCAACAACUUUCGAUUGGGCCGUCUUCCGGCCGUGCCCGUCGACUGGGCGGAGAUCAACGCGGCGUGGGGUCAAACUGUACUCCUACUUCAUUCGUUAGCCAAAAAGGUCAAUCUGACCUUUCAGAGAUAUCGUCUAGUGCCCUACGGGAAUCACUCCUUCUUAGAAUCUUUAGAAGACAAAUCAAAAGAAUUACCUCUUCACGGCUCGGGUGGCUUCAAAUUUUUUUGGGACACGAAAUUCGAUCAGGCAAUGGUUGCCUUUUUGGACUGCCUACAGCAGUUCAAGGAAGAAGUGGAAAAAGGCGACAAGAGUUUCUGUUUACCCUACAAGAUCGAGAAGGGCAAAGUUGAAGAUCCCAGCAAUGGGAACACCUACUCGAUCAAGAUUCAGUUCAACUCCGAAGAGCAAUGGACCAAAGCGCUAAAGUUCAUGUUAACUAAUUUAAAAUGGGGACUAGCUUGGGUAUCUUCGCAGUUUACAAACAAAUGAUGUUAAAUAAUAAUUUAACGGUAUAGAAUUUAAAUAUAUAUAUAUAUAAAUACAUGUAUAAAAGAUCAGCGAAUCAGAGUUUAUAAAUUUUGCUCUAUAUAUACUGUAUGUAAACUGUAAAUUUGACGAUAAAUGUUGGAAUUUUUUGUAAAUGGAGAGUGAAUGGUUCGAGUCGAAUUCCCCCCCCCGUGUACAGUAAAUUUCUAGUAUACGUGUGACGAUGGGUGUGUAAACUACAGUAUAAUUGAACCGAAAGGACAACUACCUGCUCUACAUAUCUGUAACAUAUUCGUGUAUUUGUUUCUACACAGUCAGGAAUAUGCUUGUCAUAUUGUACAAAUAAAUUUUACCAAUUAAAAGCUUUAUAAAUUUAA